AUGACUGAAGGUUUUUUAAAAGCAAGUUCUGAUAAUCUGCCUUUGGUGGACUCGUUGAUGGUGGCCGAGUUUUUUUCUCAGAAUGAGUUGUUUACAUCUGCCGAACAACGUGGCGUUAAAGCUAAAAGGGCCCAAAGAGAGAGCUAUGGAAAUUCUGCAGUGGGGUAUGUGGAAUUAAAACAAGACAAUAAUAUUUGCACAAUAAAAUGCAAAAUAUCUCCUGAACAUAGAGUCCGCUCUAAAGACUACACUGUCAUCAUGGAAGUUAAUGAAGACUCCGAGAAGAUUUUGAAAGCUGAAUGCCAGGACUGUGCAGCUUCAGAAGGUAGAUGCAAACAUGCAAUUGCAUUCAUAAUGUGGGUCCAUCGACGAAGUGAGGAACCCAGUCCAACCGAUGUUGUUUCUUACUGGAAAAAACCAAAGUUGUCAGGUGUCGUUUUCCGAACCCUGGUCGGUACAUCUUUGCAAUAUGUAACGAUACAAGACUUUGCCAAAGAUGCGAAACAAGAGACAGUAGAUUCUAACAAUAGUGGGUUUUUGGAGAAGUUCAUUGAGAAAGCCAAUGAAUGUGGAGCCCCUUGUCAACUUCGGCAUUAUUUUCAAGAAGACAAACAUUUAAAUUUAGGCAUUCACCAGCUUUUAUUUUCAUUUAAUGAGAGCGAACAAACAUCCGAUGCGUUUAUUAAAUAUGCAUCUUCCAAAAUGUCACCGUUAUCGUGCAAUGAAGCCUUUAAUAAAACCACAGAACAAAGUGAGUGUAGUUUGUGGCGUGAUUUCAGAUAUAGUAUAUAUACUGCUUCCAAGAUAUUUGAAGCAUCUAGGUGCAGAACCGUGGAAGGGAGCUUAGUCGAAACAAUUAUUGGAGCUGCAAAGACAUAUGACACACCUGCCAUGAGAAGGGGUAGAGAAUUAGAAAAUAGCGUUCUUAGAAUAGUGGAAAAAAGACUGAACACGAAGCUUGUACGUCGAGGUCUGAUGUUAUCCCCAAUUGUCCCCAUAGUCGGAGCAUCACCUGAUGCUUAUAACAGUGACAUCGUUAUAGAAAUAAAGUGUCCAUCAUCUGAGAAAACUCUCUCAAAUUAUAUGGUGAAUGGUGUGAUAACGAAUAAAUAUCUGGCACAAAUACAACUACAAAUGUUUUUGAUGAACAAAAAAAGUGGAGUGUUUUGUAUUUCCGCUCCGGCAUUUGAACAAAAUAGUGAAGUGAAAUUGAUAAAUAUAGAGUAUGAUGAAAAUUUUUUAUUGCCUAUAAUCUAA